GGUCUAGGUGGGAGUAGUCAGUGGCGGACAGAAUGACAAUAAUUCAAUGAAGAUCAAUAAAUGGGGUGUUUCAGGCAGCCCAUCGCUGUGCUUGCGGCCAUCUUUAAUACGAGUGGCUUCCGCCGCGCGCCGUGAUCUGUCCCCUCUUCACUUUUAUUUUUUUGCAGAAUCCCAUCAACUCUGUACAAUUGAACCAGAGGCACAUAUCCACCCACCACCAUUCCCCAGCAGUCUGAACAGCAACAACAUCCGUUUUUCUGGUCAAAACCCACACCCCAACCGAACCGCGAGCACCAUCCCAAUUUCCCACAAAACCAGCAAAAAUGACGAACCUCACCACCAACAACAACUCCACCGCUGCUCCCCAGCACGCCCCGGCCGCCGCCGCCGCCGUCGUCAAGCCCACCACUAACGAAAACGACAACGAAAACGACCCCCUCCUCUUCCCCACGACCCUCGUCUCCCCGGACGUCACCGCCGCCCUCCCCGAAACCUACACGAUCCGGCCCCUGCGUCGCUCCGACUACCAGCGCGGCUACCUGGACGUGCUGCGCGUGCUGACGACCGUCGGCGACAUCACCGCGGCGCAGUGGGACGCCCGCUACGACUGGAUCGCCGCCCGCAACGACGAGUACUACCUGCUGGUCAUCUGCGACGGGGCCGGCCGCGUCGUCGGCACGGGCAGCCUGCUCGUCGAGCGCAAGUUCAUCCACGCCCUCGGCAUGGUCGGCCACAUCGAGGACAUCGCCGUCGACAAGGACCAGCAGGGCAAGAAGCUGGGGCUGCGCCUCAUCCAGGCGCUGGACUUUGUGGCGGAGAAGGUCGGCUGCUAUAAGACGAUCCUGGAUUGCUCCGAGUCGAAUGAGGGGUUUUAUCUUAAGUGUGGGUUUAAGCGGGCGGGGUUGGAGAUGGCGCAUUAUUAUUAGAGGGAUUGGGGGUUGAUUUUUUUUGCUGUUCUUGGGGGGCGUUUCGUAUAGAUUUGCGAGGUAUUACCUGGGUCCUUUUGGGGGUUGGGGGUGUGGGAUUGGGCUCGGUGGCCGAUACAUAAUUUUAUCUGGGGUGUUGCAUGCGGGGAAACUAGAGUAUGGGUUUCAUCGUGCUGGAGGUCCCGUUAUGGAUAUAUGAGGGCAGGGACUAGGUGGUAGGUGCAGUGAUGUGGGGUGGUUUCUGUUUCGGGGGUCAUGUGCUAUACAACUUAUGACUUAUAAGUGGA